AAGAUUACUCUUGGUGCUCUCCCAAUCAUACUUGUGAGCUAUGUUGAACUAUUGAGAGGUUAGACUGACAGAAGUUUUGUUCUUUUGAGUGAGUGCCUCAAAAUGAGGUCAUCGCCGUCACCUUCAUCGUCACCUAGAUCCAUUUUUAGGAUCGAAACUACUGAUGACGCCAUGGAGAGGAGCAGCUCCACCCCUUCCAGCACUCCGGCGAGGCUGCCGCCGCGCAGCCCCCUCGACGUCGACGAGGAGUACGACAGCGCCUUCAAGUCCAAGUCUUUCCUCGACCUCUGGUCGCACGCGCACCGCCACCUCAGUCAGACCUUCUCCUUCAAGCAAUCAUCGUCCAAGUCCAGCGCCAAGGACUACUCGCGCCAUGACGACGACGACACCGACACGGCGGCCGCCUUGGAGCAGUCCUGCUCGUACACAGUUCUUGAUGACUUCGUGUUGGAGCCGAGCCCCGAGGUGCUCGUUCGGGGGCGGGGACGGGGCGGUCGCCAGCUGCGGCGACGGCGCCGCCGCGUGGAGACCCUGCUGAUCGAGUACUUCGACGUGACGCAGGAGGCCUGCGAGGCAUUCUCCGCGCUGCUCACCGCCAUCGGCGCGGCGCGGCGCCACCACCUCACGCUACGCCAGCUGCUCGCGCGGCUGGACGGCGGCGGCGACAUCUCUGCCGCGAGGGACGCGAUCGCGGAGCACGUCCGCCUCGACAACCCUCUCUCACCGGGGUGCCUGACCGGGUUCCACGAGGUGCACGAGCGGUGCGGCCCGCUCGCCAAGCGCCUGGCCGCGGCGCAGCGCCGGCUCCGGAGGCUCGCCCGGGCGGUGCGCGUGGCGCGGGGCACGGCGGCGGCGGCGCUCGUGGCGGCGUGCGCGGGCGCCGUGGUGGCCGCCGCGGUGUUUGCGGCGCACGCCGUUGUGGGCGUCGGCGCGGCGGCGGCGGCCGUGGGCGCGAGCCCGGCCACGGCCGUGCGGUGGGCGGCGGAGCGGGUGAGCGAGCGGCACUACGAGCGCGCGGGGGCGGCGGUGGACGCGGCGGCGCGCGGCGCGUACAUCGUGGGGCGGGACCUGGACACGGUGAGCCGCAUGGUGCGGCGCGCGCACGACGAGCUGGAGCACGGGCGGGACGUGGCGCGCAUCGCGGUGCGCGGGCGCGGCGAGCGGCCGCUGCUGCAGGAGGUGGCGAGGGAGGAGGCGGAGUGCGAGGAGGACCUGAGGGCGCAGCUGGAGGAGCUGGAGGAGCACGUCUGCCUCUGCCUCAUCACCAUCAACCGCAGCAGGAGGAUGGUGGCGCACGAGAUGACGGGAGGCUUGCCGUCGCUGGAGGCGACGCCGUCCCAAAACUAACCUGACGUUGACUGUUGAGAGAAAGAGAAAAAGAAACAGACCAUUAGUCUGUCGAUUGAUCUGUUAACUAUGUGAUCACUGUUCAUAUGAUUGUAGAGUAGAGAUGUGAAUAACAAUUCAGAGUGAUUGAUUCUUUUGUA